UUUGGAACGCAGUCAAUUGAUUGCAGCGAUGGCGGCUGAUCUACGAUGGCCCGCUGUCGAUAAAUGUCAAACAUUAUCAACGAAGAUAGCGGAGUAGCGAGCGAUUCAUCGUUCGACGUUCCCGGUCGUAGAGAUGGCCGCAAAGGAAUCGGCCGUCGUCGUCGAGACGAUCGACGACGGUAUAGCUGAGCCCGGGAUCGAGCCCGGUGCCUCCACGGAGACGAUGCUCGUCACCACUGAUAGCUUCGACGAGUACGAGCAGGAGAUGAGCAGUAGCUUCGACGGUGACAGGCAGAUGAAGGAGAGCACCACCAGCACCAUCUCCGAAAUCCAGGUGGAUGAUACACAGGACAUUCCUAUCGCGCCGAGCCCGCGAGAAUCCGAGAAGACCCUCUCUCUUGACGAUACCGAAAUGGACGACGUCGCACACCGUUUGGGUCAGAGUAACAUAGACGGAGAUCCGUUGCAUUGCAAAACGUGGCGGGCGCAGAAGAAGCAUAUCUUUAUUCUGAGUCAGGCGGGAAAGCCGAUAUACUCUAGGUACAGUUCAGAAGACAAACUAGUCACGGUUAUGGGAGUUAUGCAGGCUCUAGUGUCGUUUGUUCAAGCGGGCAGCGAUAUGAUUAGAUCGGUACAUGCGGGCGACACAAACUUUGUUUUCGUUGUGAAGGGUCCAUUAAUUUUAGUGGCAGUGUCCAAGACAUUGGAAAGUGUACCUCAGCUCACUUUACAGUUAACAUAUGUAUAUAAUCAGAUAAUCUCUGUGUUGACACAGUCUCAGUUGAAUAGAGUGUACGAUCAAAGAAGAAACUUUGAUCUACGAAGAUUACUAACCGGCAGUGAAAGACUGAUAGAUCAUUUGUUGAAUUUUAUGGAUAGAGAGCCAGCUUUCUUUUUAGGGGCCAUUAAAUGUUUGCCCCUACUUCCUUCCAUGAGAAGUUCCAUUACGCAGACCAUCAUUCAAACAUGUGCUAAAAUUAAGAAUUUAGUAUUCGCAAUACUUCUAGCUAACAAUCAAUUGGUAACAUUAGUCAGAAUGAACAAAUUUUUUCUCCAUCCAAUGGAUUUACAUAUAAUACAAAAUCUGGUAGACAGUUCAGAGUCACUCAAAACUGCGGAAAGUUGGACGCCGAUAUGCCUUCCGAAAUUCGACUCCAAUGGAUACAUGCAUGGUCAUGUUUCUUAUCUAUCGGAAGAUUGCCAGGCGUGUUUAUUAUUACUCACUGUCGAUAGGGAUGUAUUUUUUGUACUAUCGGACGCCAAGCAAAAAAUUGUGGAGAAAUUGCGGCGGACGAAUUGUUUAGAAGCGAUAAACGAGUCGAUGAACAAACCGACGAUAACGACUGCCGACAUCGGAUUACCCGAGAUGCGACAUGUUUUGUACAAGUGCAAAAGUACCGCGCAAUUUUGGAGUCCUGGGCUUCAACCGCCUUACACAACGGAUGAAGAAAUAGAACGAUUAUUGGGGCUUUAUCAGUGUUUACAUCACAGAUUGCAUUCUCCUAGUCGACCUUUAAAACUAAUAUUCCAGCAGCUGGAUAAGGAAACAAUGCUAGCAUGGGUUGCUUCUGGUUUUGAACUAUAUGUAACGUUUGAGCCUCUAGUAACAAAACCGGACGCUAUCGAGGCAGUGAGUAAACUAUUAAAGUGGAUAAAGAAGGAGGAAGAGAGAUUAUUCAUUUUGAACUCGCCUACAUUUUAAACAUUACCAGGUCUUUUCUUUUUUUUUUUUUGCAAUAUAAGAAUAUAUAAAAGUGAUAUAGAAACGUUUGAACGACCAAACGCGUUAUGAAACGUGAGAAAUGCAUUAAGUGUAAGAGUUCCAAAGCAAAACAUUAUCGUAAUUAGUUUCUAAGAGAGCAGGCAUAUAAUUAUUACUCGUCCACUAUUAUGUAUCAAUACUGCUCACUAUUUUUUUAUUUAAUGGAGCAAUUGUAAUAUAACAUAAGUGAUAUGAAAAUGUAUAUACAUAUAUUUGAAUAUGUUAUACGGAUUCGAUUCCGGAUACAUAUUGUGAUUUUAAUA